ACAGAUUUUCCUCUCCCCUUGCUCUUUUGCAAAUUCGGUUUGUAUUUCUUUCCUUUUUUAUUUUUUGUAUUGCUAAUUACCUCAUAAAUGAACUCUCUCAGCGAGAAGCAGCCCUUUGUGGGCACCGGCAGCGACGACCUCGGGCAGUACGAAGCAGCCCCAGCCCAGCGGGACACUGUACGCCGGCGCUUUGGGGUAGUUUACUGGGUCGGAAUUGCGCUGCUGACGGUUCCGCUGGCGCUGCUCACGCUUGGGUCGACAGUGCUGGUGUACAACUGCGAGCACCCGCUCAGCAACAGCUCGCUGCUGUCGAACGGCACGCACCAGUUCAAGCCGACUCUAAUUCUGGUGUCGCUGGACGGGUUCCGGCCUGACUACCUGGACCGCGGCAUCACGCCAAACCUGCUUGAAAUUGGCAAGCAGGGGCUGCGGGCAGACUACAUGCUGCCGUCGUUUCCGUCGUCGACCUUCCCGAACCAUUACACAAUAGUGACUGGGCUGUACCCCGGGUCGCACGGCAUCGUGUCGAACGAAUUCUACGACAACGCCAUCAACGACACGUUUGUGUACAAGAACGCCAAGAAGAACGUGGACCCGCGGUGGUGGAAUGGCGGCGAGCCGAUCUGGGUCACGGCCGAGAAGCAAGGGGUCAAGGCCGGGAUUGACAUGUGGCCCGGGUCCACUGCAGUGAUCCGCGGAGUGAAGCCAAGCUACGUGAUUCCAUAUAUGGACCGCGUCCACCCGACAGCCAAGACGCAGCAGCUGCUCGAGUGGCUGGACCUGCCGAUUGAGAAGCGCCCGGCGUUUUUGGCCACAUACAUGCCCGAGGUCGAUCAGGCCGCUCACAACAACGGCCCAGACGCCAAGCCUGUCAACGACGCCGUGCAGAUGGUCGACGAAGCCCUUGGCGAGCUGCACCGCGAGAUCGCCCGCCGCAAUCUGACUCAUAUUGUCAACCUGAUGGUGGUCAGCGACCACGGGAUGGCGACCACGUACGCACGCAAGUAUGCCAUCUACGUCGAUGACUACAUUGAUGUGUCGCGACUGCACGGCAUCUACGGCUGGCCGCUGGGAGGCAUCCAGCCCAAGGACGACGCCGAUGUGCCCGAGAUGUUCAGACGCCUGAGCCUGGCCAGCCAGGGCCAGCCGUGGCGCGUGUAUCUGCGUCACCAGAUUCCUCGCCGCUUCCACUAUACACAUGAGACGCGGGUGGCGCCCAUCUACAUUAUACCCGAGCUGCCGUGGUAUGUCUCGACCCGCGCUGCCGACCAGUACCACGCGAGCCAGAUAAAGUCGUCGGAGAUGUUCCCACCCACUGGUGUGCAUGGCUACGACAACCUGCAUCCGCUGAUGCGCGCGACUUUUGUGGCCACCGGCCCGGCCUUCCGGUCGCGUCACACCCAGGCGCGCUCGGCACCCAUGACCAUGCUGUCCACCAACAUCACGGUCCUGGACCGCAAUGAACACCGGCUGCAAUACAUGGCAGCUCGCCGCAGCAUGUCUGCUGUGUAUGACCUGGACCCGCCGCAGUUGCCUGGCAGCUCGUCGUUGAUCCCACAGCGGUUUGGCAUGGACAACCGUAUCUCGGACAUGUCGGCAACAGAGGACUUUUUGGAGCUGCUGGAGAGCGCCCGCGAGUCGCAGCUCAACCACAUCAACAGCCAGCUGCAAAAGUGGAAUACUGAAUACACCGCAUACCAGGCCGAGUACGACCGCAUCUGGGGCGACUAUGGACUGCCAGAGCACGAGCUGGCUGCAAUCCGCCACCCACCGUUCGAGAACGUUGAGCUGUACGGGCUCAUGGCCAGGAUUCUGCAUGUUAACGCAGCUCCAAACAAUGGAACUUCCAAGUUCGCUGACUGGUGGCUGGCUUAGACAUAAAUUUGGUGUGUAUCUCUUAUC